UAUGUCAGGAAAAUUACACUCUUCUUUUCUUCGCUCCGUUUCCAGUCCCUGAAGCUCUUGAGGUUUCUCCUCCGGAAUUUUGGAACGAGGGUCUUUUCCUUUCUUUGGAAUUUUUUAUCGAAGUUGUAGUUUCUCGUUGAGUGAGGCUCCAAGGGCGUGAUCGCAUCUGCUGAGUUACGUGUCUGGACGUUUUGGGUCGCAGCAACUUUUUUGUUAGGAAUUUGUUUAAGAUCUCUGACUAUGGAGGCACAGCAUCUUUCUGUUGAUUCAGAGUUGGUUACUAGUAAGAAAUUGGUGAAUAAACUGGGAACUUCUUUUGAUGGGGUACGCAUUCAAAAUGCUCAUGAAUUUGAAAGCUCUUCUGAUGGGGUUGAUCAUAGUGAUGAUGAGGAUGCUGAUGAGCUCAAGGAAUGUACAAAAUCUCAUCAAAAGAUGCUGGACAAUGCAGUCCGGCCUUCUCCAAGCAAGCUUAUGUCUCCACAUAUAUCUUCUGAUGAAGAGGAUGAAGAAGAGCAACCAAACUUAGAAUUGCAGGAACUCUUUUAUGAAGAUAUUGUGGAUAAUCCGACCCCUGGAUGCUCAGUAUUCUCGCCUGCUCCUCUAGAGCUAAUAUCUGCCUUUAAAGGUAGCCAUGAGAAACAAGGGGGAGCUCCAAGGAAGCUCACAGUGACAUGGGCUCCUGAUGUUUAUGAUCCGCCUCCGACACAACUAUUAGAUAUAAUUACCAGAGGGACAAAGCAGAAAAAGCUUCCCAAGAAAGAAAAGAUAGGUGGAAAGGAAGGCCAGAAGGGCAAAGAAACCACACGAGGAGGUGGUGGAGGUAGAGACUCCUCACGAGGGGGUGGUGGCAGUAAGGAUAAGAAAAAGAAACAGAAUCAUAGAACCGGGAAAUCUGGUAAGUCAUGUAGUUUUGUGGAUGACGAUGGAUCAGAUAACCAUUCGUACUGAUGAUGUCAAAUUUUUCAUGAAGCUGAGAUGAGAGUAUGGUUAUAUAGGGAUCUUCACCAUCUUUUCGAUUAGUAAGGAGGUUGAGGAACAGGAAGAUAUAUCUCAUAGUUGAAUUUUUUGGGGCAUAAUUUCAUGAACUUUUAGUUUGAUAUGCUGGGAAAUAUUUUCCUGAUUGGACAGGCUCUAGUUGAGUAAAUAUUAUAGUUCUUCAAAAUUUAGCCGAGCCCCUCCUGUCCUGGGGAGCUGCUCUUGUACAUAUUUUUGCUUCUCUGCACUUUCUUGGUGCCGGCUAAUGAAAAUAUGAAGGAAAGUACUUCUUGGUGUUGCAGUUCUCAUGUCUAUUAUAAGGAUUAUGCGAUUCAAGUUGA